CACGAAAGGCACACGCCACUGUCGCAAAAACUUCACCGUGCCAGAGCUGAGAUACAAACCACGUUUCCACCAUCUCAGGCGCCGGCAUAAGUUGACAAUCCAAACUCAACCAGAUGGUGAUAUUGGAUGUGUUAAUAAUAGGGGGUGGCCCUCAUGCCUUGACCCUGGCCAGCUUGCUGUCCAGUCCUGACCCUGACCCACACUCAAACCCUGGACACGACUCAUCCCUCUCCCCCACCUGCUCAGACCCUCUGAGCUCUCAGCCAAACCUAGGAACACCCAACAACAGAUGUUCCAGUGGCAAGAAGAAGAGGAGGGCAGCAGCGGUCUCUGUAGGAAUGACACUAGAGGAGAAACCAGCAAAGUCAACAAUACCAGAGAGGGUUGUCUGCCCCCUGCUGAGUCUCAGAGUAGUAGAUUCCUACGGAGAGUGGGCCGCACUGUGGGAGAGCCAGUUCACGGCUCUGAACAUCCCUCACCUGCGCUCGCACACACUGGUGCACACAGACCCUUUCAACAAGAAAGCACUGCAGGAGUUUGUUUUAAAGUGUGAUCGUUCAGCGGAGCUUCACAGUCUUCCAGACCAGGUUUAUAUUCUGGACGAAAAUGCAUUUUUCAAUGAUACGCGACUCGGCAAGAAGGAGAGGAGACGACUAAACGUCACCUCAACGCUUAAGAAGAGUUUGUCUUUCAGUCUGCCAGGAACCAAACUGAGUGUGGAUUUUUUUAAAGAUCAGGUGGAGAGAUACACCUUGGACAAAGUGCUGGUAAAGGGAACAGUGGAGCACAUCAUCCCUGUCAUUGAGCACAAGGAAGAGAUGGACGAAGAGAGUGACUGUAUGAAAGUGCAGGAAACAGAUGAUGAGGACAUGAGGGCAACUGAAAGGAAGGGUGAUGGGGCAAGGAAGAGGGUGAAGUAUUUUCAAGUCCAACUUCAAGAAGGCAGCAUCCUAAAAGCUCACCGGGUCAUUAUGGCAACAGGACCAACCCGUGCCCAGAUGGCAAACAUCCCUUCGUGGGUGAGAAGCAUUGGAGAGAGCUACCCAGAGGAGCGUUUGCAGCACACAGUGCACCUCAUGCACCAUCUGCCAAAUUCUAAGCACGGACUCAGAGAAACAGAUUGUCAGAGGCAGAGAGAAACUUUUCCCACACAAGAAUUGUGUGUAGUAUGUGAGACAGGGCAGAGAGUUAUGGUAGUUGGUGGAGGUCUGACCAGCGCUCAUGUCGUCUCAAUUGCCCUGCAGCAAGGUGCCAGCCAUGUGACAUGGGUCAUGAGGAAGCACCUCCAGUUAAAACAGUUUGACGUGGGUGAUGUGGAGAGCCUGGUGGGUCGUUACUCCCACGUGGAGCACGGCAUCAAGAUGGAUGGCCAAGCCUAUCUACGGCAGUUCUAUAAUGAACGGAGUCUUCACAAACGCCUGGCUAUGAUUCGCCAGGCAAGGAAAGGAGGAGCUGUCACUCCAGAGGCCUACAUCCACCUGCAGCCAUUCAUACUGAAUGGACAGGUGGAUGUGAAGACAUACUGUCAGGUGAGUGAGGCUAGCUGGUGCUACAGGAGCCAGGCCUGGAGUCUUUCCCUCAGCACUGGGGACCACUGGACUGGAGAUAUGAUCUGGCUCGCCACUGGCUGCAAGCUAGAUGUGAAACAGGAUCCUUUGCUCUCUGAGGUGAUGAAGGAAUUCCCAGUUCAGGUGAUAGAUGGUUGGCCGUGCAUAUCAGAAAGCUUACAGUGGGCAGAAGGAUGCCCACUCUAUCUGAUGGGGCAGUACACUGCUCUUCAGGUUGGACCUCAUGCAGUAAACCUGGCUGGUGGACAGGCUGCCAGCUUGCGAAUUGCCAAGGACAUUGUGCGCCGUCAGAAACAGGACAGUGGAGAAGCGUCUGAACGAAGUGGGGAGAAAUCUAAAACUGAAGAAUAUAUUCAACAGAUGCAAGGCCUGUUAUGGCUUUAACUUUACCAUUUAGCCUGAGGAACAGGUGUGUGAGUGUUCCUGAUUAUCCUCGUCAAAUGGGACUAUAUGACCUCAGUUUAAUGCUGUGAAACUGACUUUUUUGGAGGAAGUGUAACAAGAGUUCUGUUUUAAAUAAACACAUAUUC